AUGGCUGCUCUGCGCUCCUCUGCCUCCCGCAUCCUCGGCAUGCGCCCCGGCGCUGUCUUUUCGCGCUCCAUGGCCUCGGUCAGCGAGGUGGCCAAGCCCAACAUGAAGACGUUCCAGAUCUACCGAUGGAAUCCCGAUACCCCGAGCGAAAAGCCUCGCAUGCAGUCCUACACCAUUGACCUCAACAAGACGGGUCCCAUGAUUCUGGACGCCCUUGUCCGCAUCAAGAAUGAGCUCGAUCCUACCCUGACGUUUCGAAGAAGUUGCCGAGAGGGUAUCUGUGGGAGCUGCGCCAUGAAUAUUAACGGCCAGAACACGUUGGCGUGCCUUUGCCGCAUUCCCUCCGAAAACUCCAGCGACGUCAAACUGUAUCCUCUGCCUCACACGUACGUUGUCAAGGACCUCGUGCCGGACUUGACACACUUUUACAAGCAGUACAAGUCUAUCAAGCCUUACUUGCAGCGGGACACUCCCGCCCCUGACGGCAAGGAAUACCGUCAGAGCAAAGAGGACCGCAAGAAGCUGGAUGGACUGUACGAAUGCAUUCUCUGUGCUUGCUGCUCAACGUCUUGCCCUUCAUAUUGGUGGAAUUCGGAGGAGUAUCUCGGACCUGCAAUCCUACUUCAGUCCUACCGAUGGCUGGCCGAUUCGCGCGAUGAACGCAAGGCCGAACGCCGCGCCAAUCUGGAGAACAGCAUGAGCCUGUACCGUUGCCACACCAUUCUCAACUGCACUCGCGCUUGUCCCAAGGGAUUGAAUCCCGGCAAAGCCAUUGCUGAGAUUAAGAAACAGAUGUCGUUGAGCUAA